CGCCCACGGAAUGACCGCCCAAGGGGAUCCGAAGUAGAUGCUGUCUGGAGGUGGAGACGCGUUGCAAGAAUCUGAUUGGCUUCUCUAGUCAGAGCCUCGUAGAGGGUGGGGCGAGGCCUGCAAGGGGCGGAGCUUAUGUCGAGGGGGCCACCCGGCGCCGGCUUGAGAAAUGGAUGCUCGGCGGAUGUGCAGGCGCCGGGGGCGGGGAAAGCACUUGCUCAGCAGCGCGCUGGCUCCGCCUGGGACCCGGCGGGAGCGCUGGGCCGCCCUCUUCCUCCCGUGCUGGCGCUGGGCUGAGCCCCGGGCUGAGAAACUGAGUUGGUUCUGAGCUCCCUGUUUGGUUUUUGGGCGGCGGCAGCCGGAGGAGGAACAUGGCGCUCGUCGGCAACGGAGCAGAGUUGGAAGUGGACGAGGACAUCUUUGAAGAUGCUUUGGAAACCCUCUCUGUGCCUUCUCGUGUAGAUAUGGCAACAAGCAGCCAGCACUUCUCAUCAUUUGAUUCAAAACAGGCACCGGGACAGCACCGAACAUCUAAUGUGAAAAGGUCGCUGUCAACUAAGGUGGAUCUUAGGAGUGGCCUCGAAGAAUGUGCAAUGGCAUUGAACUUAUUUCUAAGUAACAAAUUUACAGAUGCCUUAGAAUUGCUUCGACCAUGGGCUAAGGAGAGCAUGUACCAUGCCUUGGGCUACAGUACCAUUGUGGUGUUGCAGGCUGUCAUGACCUUCGAGCAACAGGACAUCCAAAACGGCAUUUCUGCCAUGAAGGACGCCUUACAAACCUGCCAAAAAUACAGGAAGAAAUGCACAGUUGUAGAGUCUUUCUCAAGUCUUCUUUCAAGAGGAUCUUUGGAACAGCUGACUGAAGAGGAAAUGCAUGCUGAAAUCUGUUAUGCCGAGUGCCUCCUACAGAAAGCAGCCCUCACGUUUGUGCAGGAUGAAAAUAUGAUCAACUUCAUCAAAGGUGGACUCAAAAUUAGAACAAGUUACCAAAUAUAUAAAGAAUGUCUUUCAAUCCUGCAUGUAAUUCAGAAGAACAAGGUUGAGCAGCAGUUCUUCUAUGAGUUUGAAGGGGGUGUCAAGCUUGGAAUAGGGGCCUUUAAUUUGAUGCUGUCCCUUUUACCAGCACGGAUUAUCAGACUACUAGAAUUUAUAGGAUUUUCUGGAAAUAGGGAGUUGGGCAUCCUGCAGUUACGGGAAGGCGCCUUAGGAAGAAGCAUGAGGUCUCCACUAUGCUGCUUAACUAUACUAGCUUUUCAUACUUACAUCUCCCUGAUACUUGGUACGGGAGAAGUGAAUGUUGUGGAAGCAGAGAGUCUCCUUGAACCCUACCUCCAGCAGUUUCCAAAUGGCUCCCUUGUGUUGUUCUAUCAUGGCCGGAUAGAGCUGCUAAAAGGCAAUGUGGAAGAGGCACAAGAGAUAUUUCGAAAAUGCAUUUCAGUUCAAGAAGAAUGGAAACAGUUUCACCAUCUCUGUUACUGGGAGCUGAUGUGGAUUUUUGUAUUCCAACAAAACUGGAGGGAGGCAUAUUACUAUUCAGAUCUGCUUUGCAAAGAGAGUAAAUGGUCCAAGGCAACAUAUGUGUUCUUAAAAGCUGCAAUUUUGAGUAUGCUUCCAGAAGAGGAUGUGGUAGCAACUAAAGAGGAUGUGGUAACUUUAUUCAGACAGGUGGAUGGCUUGAAGCAGAGAAUUGCUGGGAAAUCAAUCCCUACUGAGAAGUUUGCUGUGAGGAAGGCUCGACGCUACUCUCCCUCGUUGCCAGCACCCGUGAAGCUCGUUUUGCCUGCCCUGGAAAUGAUGUAUGUUUGGAAUGGUUUUCCACUAGUGAGUAAAAGAAAAGACCUUUCUGAAAAUCUGUUGGUAACUGUGGAAAAGGCCGAGGCAGCACUACAAAGUGAGAACUCCAGUGACUACUCCGUAGAUGACGACUGCCUAGUGAAACUGCUAAAAGGAUGCUGCCUGAAGAACUUACAGCGGCCCUUGCAAGCAGAAUUGUGCUUCAAUCACGUUGUCCAAAGUGAAAAGCUACUGAAGUAUGACCACUACCUAGUGCCAUUUACUCUGUUUGAAUUGGCAUUUUUGUAUAAAAACCAAGGAGAAAUUGACAAGGCCAUAAAGGUCCUAGAAACUGCAAGAAAUAACUACAAAGAUUACUCGCUGGAGUCCAGACUACACUUCAGAAUUCAGGCAGCUCUUCACCUCUGGAAAAAAUCGUCUUCAGAUUGAUCAGAACAUGAAGGAUGGAUUUUUCUCUCAAUUCAUACUGGUGUCUACUAUAGAUUAGGCCUCGUAUUAAAGUGAAAAAAUGAUCUUGUGAAUGAGAGACAGAAAACUAAUUUUGCUGUCAAUGUUUUCUAUAAUUUGUGUGGUUUACUCUUGGUCUACUUAAGUUUUUUUUUUCUCUAUGGAAUGAUGGUCAGUAAUAUCUUGAAAACUCUUAUAUUUUGCAUCUUCAGAAGGAAUUUCAUAUUAAUUUGGAGAGUGAAGAAGUCUUUUAAAGGACUCACAGGUACAAUAAAGUCUAAAUAGAUUAUAUAUUUUUUUAAAUGUGGAAAUGAAUAUCAUGUAAGUAGUAAAUGGCUUAUAACCUGAGCCAUAUUUAGAUUUGUUGGGCAGUUAAACUUCAGAGAUAGUUUGUUGCCUAGAAUUUAAGUUUCAGAAACAAAAUAAGAAAAACCUACAUUGAAAAAUAGCUUAAUCAUUUUCAGAAAACUCCUGAAAAAGACAAGUAAUGGGUGUGAACAGGACAGGUAACAUAGGUAAUUGGUUGAAAGACCUGUAUCUAGAAAAGAUGAGAUGUUAUUAUUGUUUUUUAUUCUUCAUAUAAGUUAAAGGUGAUAUUUUUGAGAGACUAUCCUGUUUUUGAAUGUACUCAAGUCUGUCAUUACUAUAACAAAAAUCAAAAAACUCCAUGUAUCUAAAGGGAAAAUUUAUAUUUUAGAUUAUCCUCAACCUUAAUCGUGAGAGCUAAAAAAUAUACAUUGAUUAUUUUUCUUAUAAAGUUCCUGCUGCUUUAAAUGAUAUAUAAAAUAUCAAUAAUUUUUACACUCAUAAUGUUGGUGUGUAAGGUCUAGUUUUCUAAUCUUUCUAGCACUGUGAUGUUUCCUUGUAAAUAUCUGGACUGUGCUUAUCCUUUAAUUUGCAUACACAAUCAGGGCAUAGAGUGGAAGAGAGCCCGACUCUGUAUGGUGCUGGGUCUGCUGUCACCAGUUACCAGGGUGACCUUUAGGGAGUGUCGUGCUCUCUCCAUCACCGUAUUUUCCUCAUCUGUGAAAUGGAAAAAGAACAGAUGACUUCCAAGGUCGCUUUCAGUUUUAUAAUUGUAGGUCAGUGUCUUAGGUAUUUAUUUUCAGCAACCAAUGUUAAAAUGUUUAAUCCAAACCAUUCCCACUUACUGUGUGUUUUAUUUUACAAUCACCACUGCCUCCACCCCUGCACCCCCACCCCAGCUCUCCAAUAUGUAUAUGCAGCGGCUCAGGACAAUAUUGCAUACAGAGAGACAAAAAAAACGAUGUAUGAAUCGAUGAAUCAGAAUUUUGUCUUAUUUUUGUUAUGAAGAAUACCUUGUCCUGGAAGCCUCUGCAGUUGAACAAAAACAGCCCCAGACUGGCAGUCAGGAGCCCUGCUCUGUUAGUUAAUAGUUCCUCAACAUGGAGCAAGUCAUCCACCCUUUUUAGGACUCAGUUUCCCCAAUGCAACACAGAGCUUGGCAUUUGUGAGGGCUCAAUGGAAUAACAUGCGUGGUAGCUUUUUUGCAAAUUGAAAGGUUGUGUGAAUAUGAGUUGUUGUAAUAUUAUGAUUUUUAUGUACAGAUUACAGUAUCAAAACUAAAGUAUUGGCUGAGUCUGUGGUCUCUGAUGUAAAGUGAAAGAAGCAUGGAGAUUCAGACAAGUUUGGAUUUAUUCAGUGUUUAGCACUGACAUGAGCUCACGUUGUGAAUUUGCGCCUUGAUGUUUAUUUCCUGUUAUAAGAGGCUGUGGGCUUCCCAGGUGAUGCUCGUGGUGAAGCACUCACCUGGCAAUGCAGGAGACAUAAGAGAUGUGGAUUCGACCUGUGGGCUGGGAAGAUCCCAUGGAGGAGGGCUUGGCAACCCAGCUCCAGUAUUUCUUGCCUGGAGAAUCCCAUGGACAGCGGAGCCUGGUGGGCUAUGGUCCAUAGGGUCGCAAAGAAUUGGACAUGACAGAAAUGACUUCUCACACAUGCACGCAUGCCUAAGAGCCUGUGUUCAGCAGGUAUUUGAUCUUAUUUUCUUCACCGUACUAAUUCUUGGCCAAUAUUGAGGAUGUAUUUCCAAUGGAAAAUGAUGAAUUCAACUCUAGUCAGAAUACCACCCUUUCAGAUAAUAUAGGUGGUAGAUUUCCUCACAUGCUAUUAAUAUGAAUUAUAAAACUUUACGUGAGGACCAAAGAGGAAAUAAAUUAACUGCCAUUACAAUUAGUAGUGGAAAAUCUGUUCAACAAUUUCUUUAAAUAUUACUUGGGAAAAAAGUUUCCAAAUUCCUUAGAAGAGUUUUGGUAGCAUUAUUUUUUUUUAAUUAAAAAAAAAAAAAAGCUCAUUGCUUUUGUGAGAAGCUGUGAGUCAGAGCAAAAGUAAGUAAAAAAAAAUGCUGUUUCUGAUGUAAAAUGGAAAUGGUUUAAGUUAAUGGAGGUUAUUUUUGUUUUAACUCAGCAUUACCAGAACAAAUAUAAAAAAUUAAUAUCUCCCAUUAAGAUUUUUCCUUUGUUAUUUGCUCUUAUUAUAUUUGUAUUUUUAUUUCCUAUCUGCUACCCUAUCCAAUGGAUUUUUAAGUGUUGUAGUAUCAUUAAUGCUACAAAUAUUCAUCUGUUUCCUGCCAUGUUCAAGAUACCAUGGCAACACUAGUUUCUUGUGACCUCUGCUAAUACUGCAUUUAUGGAGUUAUUUUGUGACUCAGGGUGUUCUGUGAAGAAUGAGUCCUGAAAUGACAAUGUUUUAUCUGCUGUUUUAAGGGGCAUUUGUGGGCUGCCAAUGUGUCUGACAGCUGGUGCAGUUUGUGUAAUUCUUGGUACAAUUGCCUUUAAAUUUUUUUUUUUUUUUUUAAUGAAAAGCCAGAGAUUGGCUUUAUGUAAACUUAAGAUCCCUUGGAGAAAGGAAUGGCUACCCACUCCAAUAUCCUUGCCUAGAGAAUUCCAUGGACAGUGGAACCUGGCAGGCUACAAUCCAUGGGGUCGCAAAGAGUCAGAGAUGACUCAGCAACUAACAGACACAAACUUAAGACUUAAAUAGAUUAGCCUUUGUAAUUUUGGUGACAAGGAAAGCAUGAUUUCUGCUUGACAAUGGAAGAUCAACUGUAUCAGCUCUUAUAUGAACAUAUGUUUUAAUGUUUCUUUGCUUCUCUGGAUACCAGAAGGUCCCAAGUUAUAAAGGAAAAGGAGGUUCAUUGAUUCUUUGUCUCUACUAUAAGUGAGUAGAAGCUGUGGAUGAAUUCCAGAUUAAUCAGCGUCAAAGAUUAUUAAUCAUUGAAACAACAAGAGUAUAACAAUCUCUUUUGCAAAGGAGUGAGUUUAGCAGAGCUAUGUGACGAUCAUUCCUACCUGACCUGGAAGCUUAUGGUUUGAGCUUUGAGGUCACUGUCUUUGUUCGGACUCAAAUCAGUGGGAUUGUGUAAAGAAGAAAGUUACCACCUUUCAAAGAAAAGUGUUUUCUCUUUUGAAGCUACUUUUAGAGGCAGUUACAUUGUGAUAGGCACUAAUGGUUGCUGCUGUUAAUACUCAUUAUGAUUUCCCUUCUCAUCCAUUCUUUAAACUGAGUCUGUUGAUGUUUCUGAAUAGAGAUUUUUCUUCAUUUGAAUUUUAAAAAUAAUUUCAAAAAGAUCUUUAUGGUCAACUGAAAAAAUUUCUGGCAUUAUUCUGAUUAAUUCUUCAUUAAUUUUUUUUGUAUUUCUGUUUUUUCUAACUUAAUCCAUAUUUGUAAAUCAUAAAUUCAAAUACAUUUAGUUAAAAUAAUGAAGACUCCAGUGACUGUUCUGAUGCCCUAAGAUUUUAUGAUUCAUAGGGCAUGGAAUGGAUCUCAGGAAAUUUAUCCUCCCCAACCUCUCAACACUGCUGUUUCUCCUUCAGUCCGGCUCUGUCCAAUUAUGGUAGCCACUGGCCACGUGUCGCCAUAGAGCACUUGGAACUUGGCUCAUGGCACAUGUUGGAAUGAUGCUGAGAGUCAGGGAGUGUUCAUUUAUAUAUGCCUUCCCCUGUUGUGCUUCCUGGGGUUCUGACUUAUACCUGCUGCCUACUGUGAUCACCUUAAGUCACCAUAGCUAUAUUGCCCGUCAUGGUUCAAAUAUGUAUCUUUGAGGUUUGCUUUUUCUAUUUAAGCUCUCAUAAACUUUUAUUUCAUUAUAUUUCUUCUGCAAAUGGUCAUCAAUCAUUGACCUGUUUGAACAUUAUUAUUCUCUCCCUUCUUCAGUUCCUUAUAUACUAGACUGAGAGAUCUUAUUUUUAGGAUUAUUAGCUUAAUCUGACUUUAUAGACAUUCCUUACUUUUUGAGAUGUAACAGUACAAACUCUUAGAUUUGUAGAGGAAGAGACUCUCACUUUUAAGAUGUUAGAGUAUAUGAUUAAAAUAUUUUCUAGGAUUAACAUUAUUCUGAAGAUUUGGGUGACCACUUCAAUCUCCUUAUAUUAUUAGUGUUUCAUCAUUGACUCAGCUAGGCCAGUAUUCUCCUUUAAAAAUUUUAGGCACUAGUUACCCAUUUAGAGAAUAAUUUGGCAAAUAGUUUAUUUAAAGUUGUGUAUUUGUCUUUUGCUGCUUAUUAUUAAUAUGUUUCAUGUGUGUAUGAUACCUAAGUGAUAUGCAUACGUAUAGCUGACAUAUUUUAAAGCUCUUUAGACAUUUCCUAUGGGGCUUCCUUGGUGACUCAAUGGCAAAGAAUCCACCUGCCAAUGAGAGAAGGAAGUAGCACCCCACUCCAGUAUUCUUGCCUGGGAAAUCCCAUGGAUAGAGGAACCUGGCAGGCUGCAGUCCAUGGGGUCACAAAGAGUAGGACAUGACUUAGCGACUAAACAUUUCUUGGUCAGAUACAUAAAUAGACAGAAAACAGCUUACAAAUAUUAAAUAGAUAAAAUUAUUUUAUACUGUUCUUUCAGAAGGAGUACAGGGUUUUCUCCCAUUUCCCUCCUCCCAGACCAAUUAUUUACAUAUUUUUUCUUUAUAUUAUUAGACUGUUUGUUGUAAAACCCUGUUUCUGCUCCUCAUUGUUGGUAGUUUUGUCUCUUAAACAUCCCUUAGACUUAGUUACUUUAGAAUGUUGAAGUGUAAUGAAAAGGACACACCAGAAUUUAGCUUGAGGAGUAAUAACUUCUGUGUUGAGUGGUUGCUGUUUGACCUUGAUGUUUAAGUCCAUUCCAGUCUGUUUAUAAUUUCAUAACCACAGAAAGAAAUGGUACAGGGGCUAUGUAGUAGAUUGAGAAGGCUGAGCAGGUUCUUGGCCUGAUCUAUCCCAUAGGACUAUGUGGAUCUAGCUUCACAGGAAGUCCAACCUUCAUUCUGUCCAGUUUGCAGAUGUGUCAGUGUAGUAAUACUGUAACAUGACUCUGCAUGGAAGAAAUUAAAGCAGCCACCUCACUGUAUUUCGCUAAUAAAGAGAGCAUACCAGUGCCUACGGGUUAGAUAUUUCAUAGGAAAACUCAAGGUACUUUAAUACUGACAUUAAGUUAAACCUAGUUGCAUAUUAAUAUAUAAUGUACCUUAUAUGUUAAUCCAGUAGUUCUUAGACACACGUAAUUUAAAUGAUGAAUAUAAGGGAUGCUGGUAUAUCCCAGUGGGAGCUUUUGUUUUACGGCUAUUUAAUAUUUUUUUUAGUAAAUUAGUUUUAAGUUUUUAGUUUGUGCUACAUCAUUUGGGGGAAAAAAAAGUUAGUUAGUCUCAGUGUAACAGAACUGAAAACCAGAGAAAUUGGAUAAAAUGAACGUGUUAAAGAAUAUUGCUUAUUUCAGUUUUAAAGGAAUUACAUUAUUUUGAAGUGCUGGAAGGUCUUCUUCAUUUUGAAGGGAAGGCUCUCCCUGCUUUAGAGUCAUGCAUUUUAAUUCGUUCUUGUCUUUAUCGGAGCCAAGUGUCCGAGUGGCAACUUUGGGUAUAGUAAAAAAGUUUAAAUAAUUUUUGUUAGUUCACUUUUUUUCUUGAAGUGAUUUUUUUCUUCAUAGUGGACAAAUGUGUCCUAUAUAGUGCUUUAAGAAAGUAAUUUACACAUAAAGAGAGAUUAUGGUAAACAUUAAAAAUCUUAGGCUAUUACUUUAACGGCUUUCAAAGACAGUACCAUUGGAUUCUGUAUAACUAAGAUUUGCAGAAGGAAGACACAUGUGUUUCACUGAUAUGUGCUACCCAGAAAAAUUACUUAAUUCUCAAUAGUGUAUUGCAUUCUCAUGUUAUGUUAGGGGAGAAUUUUAUAACUAAGUAGUUUAUUUUAAAAUUUUUUUCCUUUGCUAACUGCCAACAUCCGAACACCUGAAUGGAUACCAGCAGAUUCAUUUGUAUACUAGUGUUUUAAAAUAUUUAUUUGCAGAUGUUUAUAGAACUCUUGAAUUUUUUGAUGUAAGUUGCUGAAUCAUAUGUAAAGGCGAAAUAUAUAUUUAAUAAGUGAGAAGUAUUAUUUUAUUACUGAGGCUUAUUUCCAAAGCAAAUUUAUUUUGUAGGUACUUCACUUGGAAAAUUUUGCUUGACUUAAAACGCACAAACAAAUCUGUCUAGAGAUCUGGUCACCUAAAAAACCUUCAUGUUACCUUGACAUGUAGGGGAAUUUUAAUUAUAGGCCAUAGCGUUUUUGCAAAUCAAUGUUGGUUUCCUGUUGAAUCCUCAAACCUACCUGUAUGUACUUUGAAAUCUAAAGUUUUAUUGGUAACCAUUUUCAGCAUUUUUUCUCAAUUUUUCUCUUCUCAUUACAUUUGAACUUAAAUCCUGUCUUCCCCGUUCCCAGUGGUCACAGUUUUACAGAGCAAAAUAUGUUUAGAAAUGGAAGAUGUGACUUCUAAGUAAGAAGAAUGUGUUUAGUAGCAUCCAUCUGCUGAUCAAGUAGGCAUUGGAUCUGGUGCUGGAUCUGGUGCUAGAAAGUGAAAUGGCUUGUGGUAUAAAAGCAUUUUAUAAAUGCUUGUGGUAUAAAAGCAUUUAUAAGUCAAAAAGAAAGAAGAAAACUGUGAACUUCUGAUGUUUUUAAUAUCAAAACUGUGUUCCCAAAUGAGUGUUUAUUUGCUGAUUUUGUGUAAUGUUAUCAUUUGUGAUGUGUAAGCUCAUGCUGAUAUGAGAUAUAAAUUUUCAACAUGAAGACAUCCGUUCCUGUAGCCUAUUUUUAACAAUAAGACAUUUUUGAAAACAAAUAUCAUCUUAGAAACUGUAUUUUUAAGUGCAAAUAAAUCACCCCAUCUUGAAA